AUGGCAUCAAUAAAACCCGAUCGUACCGUUGUGUACAAGACAGUAGGAUCUCUCCAGAUUCCUAUGGACAUAUUUCUACCGAAAAAUGUCAGAAACGCACCAGUGAUUUUAUGGUUUCAUGGUGGUGGAUUACUUCAAGGAUGCCGCGACUCUAUUGCCCCUUACCAGAGGGAUGGAGUUCAAAAAUAUGGCUAUGUCUGCAUCUCAGCCGAUUAUCGCCUGGCGCCACAAGUGAGCGUGGGUGAGGUGUUCGAAGAUGUGAAAGACUGCAUUCGAUUCAUUCGCAAUAACCUCUCGUGUCUUCUCGGGGAAGGUUUGGUAGAUGCCUCACGUCUUGCAGUUUCCGGUAGCUCAGCUGGAGGGUUUCUCACUCUACUUGCUGGUCUUUACAUCGAUCCCAAGCCACAUGUUAUUAUACCCAUUUAUCCAAUCACCGAUCCACUGGGUACAUUUUUCAACAAAUCCCAGCCAGCACCAAAUGGGCGCUAUUCGGCCUCAGAAGAGGAAAUGGCAGUCCAUCUGGACGUGAACGCACCCCCGAUAGCUAACAGCGGCAAAGCCCCCGAAGAUCCACGCAGUAACAUGUAUGUGUAUAUGCUGCGGACAGCGACGUUGGCGCAACUAUGGGGAGUAGCUGGAAACGAGGAUGAUGUGGCUCCGUAUAGGAUCUCCCGACGGAUUCAUGAGUACGGUCUGCCACCCACGUAUCUAUUGCACGGAGAUGCAGACACAGCUGUUGGAGUCGAGCAGUCGGAUGAAGUUGCCGGUGCGAUCCUUGGAUGUGGGGGAACUCUUGAGUAUGAACGUCCCCACGGGGAGGAUCACUUCCUGGAUAAAGAGGAUGACUACCAGAACGACAAGCUUUAUAACUUUGUGAUGAGAUAUCUGUAA